AUUAUUAUUUUUAUACAUAAAUAUCUUUGAAUUACUAUAGUGUAUCUGGUUUCAUCGAUUAUUAUUCGACUGCUUGUUGGAGAGGACAGCAGAGCAGGAACAGUAAUGAUGGUUUUCAUUAUUGCAAGUUGAUCGAGUUUCAUAGAUUUUAAUUCCACUCCCUGCUGGAAGGAACAUCAGAGCAGUAAAUGAUUGAGAUGUCAUCUGGUUUAAGUUUCAACUCUAUUUUUAAACCUGUGCAGAUGAGACCUUUCAUCAGCUAUGAUAAUAUUUAUCUGCACUGUGUAUUCUUUGAGGCUAGGAGUAUAUAACUUUAUUAAAACAUAGGAUUUUAUAAGAUAUGAUUUCUUUAAAGUCAGCAGUUCUAGUUAUUCCUUUACCUUGUCAUUUUAUCUUUACAUUUUCUUUGCGAUUCUGGCCUUGUAACUCGCUGUCUCUCAGUCUCUCUCUCUCUCUCUCUCUCUCUCCCUCAGUCUCUCUCCCUCUCUCCCUCUCUCUCUCUCUCUCUCUCUCUCUCUCUCUCUCUCCCUCACCCUCUCUCUCUCUGCAUUGUGAAGUGGUCAUGUCUCGCUCAGCCCUCCUGCAGGUUGUGUUCCGCGGACGCUCCGCCCUCUCUCACCAAACACACCUGAGGCUCCGCCCACUUCUAGAAUCACCUCCCACUCCUCAACAGCAGGUGUGUGUGCGCUGGGCCAGCUGUGCGGCCAGGCUGAGUGUGGACUGGGACUCACUGGGUAUCUGGGACCGCCGACAAGAAGACCCCCUGCUGCUGCCCUCUAGUGUUGGACCCCAGUCAACACAGGUGAGUCUGUCCUGGGUGGGCAGUGCAUCUGUCUUGGGGCAAAGGAAGCACAAUGAGGACCGUCUCCGGGUGGGUCGUCUCCAUGACAACCUGCUCUACCUGGCCGUGUUCGACGGACACGGAGGAGCCCACGCCGCCGACUACUGCUGCACACACCUUGACACACACCUCAGGAAAGCUCUGGAGGAGGAGGAGGACCUGGAGAAGGUUGUAACUCAAGCCUUCUUGAACCUGGACAGAGCCCUGCACAGACACCUCAGUAACUAUGGCAACACGUCCCACCAGACAGCCGGCACCACGGCAACCGUUGCUAUGCUACGGGCGGGGACGGAGCUGGUGGUCGGGAGCGUCGGUGACAGCAGAGCUCUUCUCUGCCGACGGGGGCGGGCCCACAAGCUCACCCACGACCACACGCCCGACCGAAGGGACGAGAGAGACAGAAUAAAGAGCUGUGGCGGCUUCGUGGUGUGGAACAGUGUGGGCGUGGCUUACGUGGACGGUCGACUGGCGAUGACGCGCAGCAUCGGGGACUUCCACCUCAAACACCACGGAGUCAUCCCCACCCCCGAGACCACGAGGGUCACAGUGAACCAAGACCACGACAGCUUCCUGGCUCUCACCACAGACGGGAUCAACUUCCUGUUAAGUGAUCAGGAGAUCUGUGAUGUCAUCAAACAGAGCCACAACCCCACAGAAUCAGCAGAGCUCAUCACUCAGCAGGCGCUGCAGUACGGCACAGAGGACAACAGCAGCAUCCUCAUCCUCCCUCUGGGAGCCUGGAGCAGCCUGCCCCCUCUCCACCUCUACAGCACGAGCCGUAACCUAGUGAGCUGUGGUCGUUGGGCCUAGGCCCAGACACCCUCCCUGCAGCUCUACAGCGUGGGCCGUGACCUGUGGUCGUUUGGCUUAGACCCAGACACCCUGCCAAUCGCUCUACAGUCACAGUUAUUACUCAUGACUAAGGCAAGGCAAAGUAAGGAAAGACAACUUUAUUUGUAUAGCGCUCUUCAUACACGAGGCGGACUCAAAGUGCUUCACAUAAAACAUCAUCAUAAAAUAAAAUAGAAAAAUAAAAUAGAUAAGUGAAAGAAAACAAAGGCAAAGUUUAAAAAUGCAUAACCAGUAUGACUGUUUCAACUGUUUAAGAUUAAAGAUGUAUCUGAUUUUUAUAACAAUUAGGCUAAUUUAUUUAAGUACCAAUUAUACAAGGCGAGGUCCACUGCAUUGACAAAAGCACAUCAUCACCUCAACCUUCCCAAGCGGUUCAGGAAACAGGCCUAUGGAGCCUUUAUUCCCGAACCAACAAAGGGGGUCAAGGAAGGGGCACAUACCAAGAAAGGGCAGCCAGAGAAACUGAAUGUGAAAAUAUAUUUUCAUAAUUACAGGUGUUACUCAUUGGAAACCGGAGAAUGCGACUACCAAAAAUAAAAGUGCUGACAUCAUGCUGGCGUCAUUUCUUA